GUGGUAAGUAUUACAGUUAACUUAUGGUGCGAAGUAGCAAAGAAUUCCUCCUUAAACCCUCUUGUCUCAAAUUCGAAAACCUCCACUUGCAUCUUCACUCCACUUUGAUCAAACAUGGCUUUAGGGCGAUAUCACACCCUCAGAAACCUCUAUCGAACACUUGAAAUUCAAGAAUUUUCUACCUUGCUAGCCAGUUCAAGAAGCAAUUCAAAAUCUAUUGAAAAUGUUCCAGAUAUCACUCUGAGGAGCAUAUCAUCCUGCAUGUAUAAGGACCAUGGAGGUAUCCCGUGGAUAUCUGGAGAUAAAACAAUGCUCCGUUCAACUAUGACGCAGGAGCCAAUAAGCUAUGGUUACAUGCGAUCAGUUACAACGCAAGCUAAAGCUCCAGGCCAAGCACGAAAAAUGGGAGCAGUCAAAGUGUCCAUGCUGAGUCCUGGAAUCAUAUACGAGCCUUAUGUCCCACGUGAAAAAAUCCCAUUCUGGAAGCGGUAUUUCACUAGAAAUGGUUGGAAAAGGACAAAGGAGGAUCUUACUUCAGAGCUCAAAAGUGCAUAUGCCAUUGCUAAAUUACGAAAAGCUGGAUAUUCAAAACAAAAGUUCUAUACUGAAGCUGUUAGCAUAUACAAAGAGAUAAAUACCCAAAUGGCGAAUGGAGGAAAGGCAACUUUGAGGAAAUCAGUUACGGAGCAUAUGUACUCUGCUCUCAAGAAUGAGAUCAAGCAACGGGAAUCCGUGUGGCCUACUGUCUACUGGGAGCUAAUUGAACCAAUUGUUAAAGUCCGAACUCUGCGAGCUCGAUUGAUUGGUGUUGAUCGAAAUGAUCUGAGUAAGGUGUUCAUACAGCUUACACUUGAGUUUCUGUCUAAGCAGAAGUUUGAGGCAUAUGAUGGGAAAGGAGCUGUUGUCUCUGGAGAUAAAAAUAAGGAGGUCUUGGUACGUGAUAUAUGGGUUUUUGAGAAGUCUCUCUUCCACCCUGGAGCAUACUGGCGUCUAUGUGGACGAAUCAAAGUUUAGAUAGACUGCUGUGAAGAGGGAAUGAUCAUUCUUCAAUUUUGUAAUAUGCUAGAAUUUGUAACGUAUCCAACCCUUAGACACUACAUGUCUUUGUUUCUCUCAAGCUAAUUAUUUGAGCCUUCCUCUUAGGUUGAAUAGUACUUUCGUGUGCCUUAUUCUGUAGUGCAUUCAGAAAAUUUCCUUUACACUUGUGUAGCCGCCAUUUUUAUAUGACUCAAUAAGCAGGUACAGUCCUGAAUAAUUGUUCUUAAAAGAAAACCUAUAAAGAUGUAUUUUCAGUUUUUUGGAAUUGUUUUAAAGAGUUGUCAGUGUGAUUUAA